GUUGCCCGCUAAAGUAGUACGGUGAGACAAGAUCAGUGACAUACAUAUCUAUACACUGCGACCGUGAUCACAGACUGUAUCUACAUUUCGUGCACUAUUCCAGAAUCCGAAUCAAAUGGACUCAGAACCCCCACUCGUAGUCGACAACGGAACGGGUUUCGUCAAAGUAGGCUACGCUGGAUCGAACUUCCCAGAGCAUGUAUUCCCCUCCGUCGUAGGUCGCCCCAUCCUGCGCGCAGAGGAGCGCGUGGGCUCCGCAGUGAUCAAAGACAUCAUGGUGGGCGACGAAGCCGCCGAAAACCGCAACUACCUCCAAGUCACGCAACCUAUGGAGCAUGGUAUAGUACGGAAUUGGGAGGAUAUGAAACACCUCUGGGAUUAUACAUUCGACGAGAAGCUCAAGGUUGACCCGCGGGGACGCAAAGUGCUGCUUACGGAGCCACCCAUGAACCCUAAAGUCAACCGGCAGAGGAUGGUGCAAGUGAUGUUUGAGGAAUAUGGCUUCCAGGGGGUGUAUGUGGCGAUUCAGGCUGUGUUGACGCUGUAUGCGCAAGGCUUGACAACGGGAGUAGUCGUCGACUCGGGUGAUGGAGUGACGCAUAUCGUACCGGUAUACGACGGAUUUGCCCUUCCUCAUCUUACCCGACGAUUGGAUAUCGCAGGUCGAGAUGUCACGCGGUACUUGAUCAAACUACUACUCAUGCGCGGUUAUGCAUUCAACCGUACUGCCGAUUUCGAGACCGUGCGUGAGAUCAAAGAGAAACUUUGCUAUGUGAGCUACGAUCUUGAUUCCGACCAGAAAUUGUCAGAAGAGACGACAGUGCUUGUAGAGAGUUACACGCUUCCCGAUGGUCGAAUGAUUAAAGUGGGCUCAGAGCGCUUCGAAGCUCCAGAAUGCAUGUUCCAACCGCAUCUUGUUGAUAUCGAUCAGCCUGGUGUAGCAGAGAUGCUCUUCCAAACCAUCCAAAACGCAGCAGUUGAUACCCGAACGGAACUGUACAAGCACAUUGUCCUUUCAGGAGGUUCAAGCAUGUACCCAGGCCUCCCAAGCAGGCUCGAGAAAGAAAUGAAACAACUGUACCUCACGCGUGUACUGAAUGGCGAUCCCACGCGAUUGAACAAAUUCAAAAUCCGUAUCGAAGACCCUCCCCGUCGGAAACACAUGGUGUUCCUAGGCGGUGCUGUCCUCGCCGACAUCAUGAAGAACCGCUCAGAGUUCUGGAUAUCGAGAGAAGAGUGGUUUGAGCAGGGCAUUCGCUCGUUGGAUAAGCUAGGACGUGGAGAGAAUUAGGAUGAACGAUACUUAUGAUAUGAUGGACUUCCGGUAGUUUUCACGAUGAAUCAUUAAAGCAGAGGGCGUGGUGUGUCAUACGAUCCAGCGGGAAAUGAAUAAUAACUGCCCCAUGGCUGAGUUGGUUACAGCGUCCGACUGUUAAGCGCAAUCGGAAGGUCGUGAGUUCGAGCCUCACUGGGGCAG